CUCUCUCUCUCUCUCUCUCUCUCUCUCUCUUACAAACGCAAACACACAAGCGCUCUCUUUUCAAUAAAAAAAUGGCGGGUGGCUCAGUCGGAAACGCAAGCAGCUCCGGCAGCCGUUCCGUCGUCCGAGUCGUCGUCGCCGGCGACCGAGGAACCGGUAAAUCAAGCCUCAUCGCCUCCGCCGCCUCCGAAUCCUUCCCGGAAAACGUCCCUCCGGUCCUCCCUCCCACUCGCCUCCCCGCCGAUUUCUUCCCCGAUCGCAUUCCCGUCACUCUCAUCGACACCUCCUCCAGCUUGGAGAACAGAGCUAAGCUUAAUGAAGAAUUGAAGAGAGCUGAUGCCGUUGUGUUGACAUAUGCUUGUGAUCAACCACUCACGCUUAGUCGCCUGAACACUCACUGGCUCCAUGAACUUCGUCGUUUAGAGGUAAAGGUACCCGUUGUUGUGGUUGGUUGCAAACUAGAUUUGCGAGAGGAGCGUGACACAAUGAAUCUGGAGCAAGUCAUGUCACCAAUAAUGCAAAAGUUCAGGGAGAUUGAGACCUGUAUAGAAUGUUCUGCAGCUAACUUGAUUCAGGUCCCUGAAGUUUUCUAUUACGCUCAAAAAGCAGUACUUCAUCCAACAGGCCCAUUGUUCGAUCAAGAAAACCAAUGUUUGAGGGACCGAUGUAGGAGGGCAUUAAGAAGGAUAUUUAUUCUAUGUGAUCAUGACUUGGAUGGUGCCCUGAAUGAUGCUGAGCUGAAUGAAUUCCAGGUUAAAUGUUUUAAUGCUCCACUGCAACCCGCUGAAAUAGUGGGUGUUAAAAGGGUUGUUCAUGAGAAGGUACCGGCCGGAGUCAACCAGCUUGGUCUUACCCUUACAGGGUUCCUUUAUCUCCAUGCUCUUUUCAUUGAAAAAGGCCGUAUUGAGACGACCUGGGCUGUCUUGAGGAAAUUUGGGUAUGAUGAUGAUCUAAAACUCAGAGACGAUUUUCUUCCAGUUCCAUCUAAGCGUGCUUCUGAUCAGAGUGUGGAACUGACAAGUGAAGCUGUGGAGUUUCUGACUGGAGUCUUCCGAUUGUUUGACACUGACAAUGAUGAAGUGCUACAACCUUCUGAGCUCGAUGAACUAUUUUGCACUGCUCCAGAAAGUCCUUGGGAUGAGGCUCCUUAUAAGGAUGCUGCAGAGAGAACAGACCGUGGUGAAGUAUCUCUUAAUGGGUUUCUAUCUCAGUGGGCUCUUAUGACAUCAUUGGAUCCGCAGCUUAGUUUGGCUAAUUUGGUUUACAUUGGAUAUGGUGGUGAUCCUAAUUCAGCACUUCGGGUCACGAGGAAAAGAUCAGUAGAUCGUAAAAAGCAAAGAACUGAGAGAAAUGUUUUUCAAUGCUUUGUUUUUGGUCCUAAGAGUGCUGAAAAAUCUUCUGUGUUGAAUACUUUAUUGGGAAGGCCUUUCUUCAAAAAUAAUUCAACAACUGGUGAUCGUUAUGCAGUGAAUGUUGUUGACCAGCUUGGGGGGAGUAAGAAGAUUGUCAUAUUGCGAGAGAUCCCUGAAGAUGGAGUCAAAAAAUUCUUGAAUAAUAAGGAAUUUUUGGCUGCUUGUGAUGUGGCUAUCUUUGUCUAUGACAGCUCAGAUGAAAAAUCAUGGAAAAAAUCAAAAGACCUUCUGUUGGAGGUUGCUAGGCAUGGAGAAGAAAGCAGUUAUGGAGUGCCUUGCCUCUUAAUUGCUGCUAAAGAUGAUCUGGAUCCACAUCCAGUUGCAGUAAAUGAUUCAGUAAAGGUUUGUCAGAAAUUAGGAAUAGAGGAUCCUAUUCCUUUGAGCAAAAAUAUAUUCAGUAGAAUUAUAAGUGCAGCUGAACACCCGCAUUUGAGCAUCCCCGAAACGGAGACUGGAAGAAACCGCAAGCAGUACCGACAUCUUGUUAAUCAAUCUCUCAUCUUCGUCUCUAUUGGGGCUGCUGUUGCUGUUGCUGGACUGGCAGCUUACCGUGCCUAUGCUGCUAGAAGAAGCAGUUCAAGUUAGGUAGGAGGAGUCGUCCAUCAAUAAACUGAUGCUGUCUUGCUGCCACUUCAACUUUAAUAAUGGUUGGUUUUUUCUUGCUUUGUCCAAUUAUUCUAAUGCUAUCGUUGUUGGGCAUUCUCUAAACAAGAUGUAUAUAGAAUAAUAGCAAUUUCUUCUCGGAGGUUUCCUAUCCAUUGUAACAUCUUUUCCCUUUUAGUUCAAGUUUCAUUUUAUAGUUAUUGCUAUUGUUGUUGCUAUUAUUAUUAUUUUGUAAUUUGUAUUCAAAACUCUCAAUUAACCAUGCAGGGCUUUUAUGAUCGGCUUUCAAAAUCUCUGCUCUAGCUACAAUUUACUGUGCUCAGUUGGUGGGGUUGAAUGCACAAUGAGAAAAUACUCGAUAUUUUCACCCUUCCACGUUUGUGCAAUUUUUCGAACUUGUUUACACAUCGUGACAGUCCAUAGUAGUGAUGGUCCUCAAGUAAUUCAUGCGGUGUAAGGAUUGUGAGUUCAGAAAAUUUUACUAGUACUAUUUAAGGUAGUAAUACUAAUAGGUUGGAUUCAUUUAUGCCGUGGAGAUUAGAUGAAUAGACAAGUCAGUUAUCCAAUUAUGUGAU